UGGGGGUCUUCCUCUUUAUGCUGUUGGUUUUGGUGAUACAUGCUGCGGCCUGGCCAGACCUGGGCCAAUCCAAACAGAGUGUCCAGAAGUGUGUCCGAUGCUGCAGCCCCACAGGAACUCCCGCUGCUGCCCCUUCCAGUAGGAUGAGUAACUAUCCCUCAUGGGUGAUGCCCCGGCUGCAACCCACUAUUGACAUCACCAUUCUUAAAGGUGAGAAAGGUGAAUCGGGAGAAAAAGGACAAUCUGGAGUGAGUGGGAAGGAAGGGAUACCUGGCCAGCGAGGGUACCGAGGACGGAAAGGCCAGAAGGGACAAAUAGGCCUGCCAGGAAAUUCCUGCAAGCAUGUCUAUGAAGCCUUCUCAGUGGGACGGAAAAAGGUCCUUCACAGCUCUGACUACUUUCAAGAUGUCACAUUUGACACAGAAUUUGUGAAUCUUUACAAGCAUUUUAACAUGUUCACGGGUCGGUUUUCCUGUUAUGUGGCUGGUAUCUACUUCUUCAACCUGAACGUGCACACGUGGAACUUCAAGGAGACUUAUCUGCACCUGAUGAGGAAUGACCAGGAAGCAGCUAUUCUGUACACCCAGCCCAGUGACCGGAGCAUCAUGCAAAGCCAGAGCCUCAUGCUAGACCUGGAGGAGGGAGAUGAGGUCUGGGUACGGAUGUUCAAGCGAGAACGAGAGAAUGCUAUCUACAGUGAGGAGUCUGACAUCUACAUUACCUUCAACGGCCACCUGAUUAAAGCUGCUGAAGACUAACUGCCUGUUUUUCAACUCCCCUAAGACCCAAAGUCAGGAAUACAAGUACCAAGUGCAGGCUGUGGUGAGACAUUGGGGAAUAGCUGAGCCAAGUGGACCACACAUCCCAUGUCAAGGGAAAUUAUCUAAAAAUCUAGGGCCUGUAGAGACAGAUGAGCCAAAUGCAGUAUCCAUCCCACAUUCAGGGACAUUAUCUAAUCAGGUAGCAGGCUGGGGGUGAGGGGAUUGAAUGGAUGGCUUCCCAUGUUGUAGACAUGAGACUGAGAUAGAUUCCUACCUCACAGGUUAAGUGAGCCAGGCAACUUUUAUCAAAGGUAUGGUGUGAGGUGCUAUAUUGUCCCCUUCCUGGACAAAAUUAAUUGGAAUGAAAUUGGAUGCACUUUGGUACUAAAUGACUUGAGUUGUCUACAUAGACACAGUUUGGCAGAUGACUAUCCACCUUUACCUUUUACUUUGUGCUAUAUAGACCAAGGUCUACAAUCCUCAGAAGAGUGCUUUUUUCAAAAUUCCGACACAGAUAGUUCAUUCAAUUUGUCCAUCUGUCUGUCUCUCUCUCUCUCUACAUAUACAUAUAUACACAAACAUAUGGAAAACACCAUUUUCAGGAGUUCAUUCACUUUAAGAUCUUAUUAGGAUCAGCGUCACAUUUGCAACAAUGGCCUAAUUGAAACUUAACUUUUCAUGCCUAGGAGUCUUGUCCUCCUUGACUAGACUGUCAGCUUCUUCAUCACAGGUCACCUGCUCCAUUUCUCAGUGCCCUCCUUUACUGGAUGGUGACUUUUAUUCUCUGCUAUUCUCUUACUGUGUAAUCACUUAAGGAUUAUAAUAAAGGAAGUGUUUAAAACA